AUGAGUAGCUUGCCUACUCCCCAGAGCGGUAGAAAGAAGACUCUACGCUUCCAUUCUCGUACUCAGGCAGCCCAACAGGCCCCUAUUGACGAAGAAUCAGAUGAAGGUGACAUUACCCAGUACGCGGAAGCCACAGAGGGAGCCAUGGAGUCAUCCGCUAGUCAAGACGCGGACACUCAUCAUGAAUCCGAUGAUGGAACCCCAAGCCCAAGUGCUACGCGUACAGCACUCACAGGAGCGCGUCCUGCCGGCAGUUCUAUGCCUAGAAUGGGUCAAGAUGGCAUGAUAUCCAUGUCAUUAGAUGACCUUAUGGCGUUCUGCGAUAGGAUGAGCACGCGUCGGGAGGUCACCCCUGCUGUGGACGAUUUCAAAUCUCAGAUCCGCGAAUAUCAAAAAGAUGUCCAAAAAGCCAUGGAUACUAAGGCUGUAACCAUGUUUGACGGCACCAAUUACCAGGCCUGGCGUACAGGAAUCCUUGCGGACGCCGAAGUUGUCAGCGGAUCUGACAUUCUUAUGAAGAACCAAUGUGUCUGUCCAGAUGACAUCAGUCAAGACGCGUUAAGUGCUGAAAAAUGA